GAAGACUGUAACGAGUUCGGUGCGCCCAAAUGUGUAGGCUAAUGAAGACUGGGUCGAUGAACCGCUGCGUAAAGUGUACUUCUUAAACCGCUCGGCAGCUCAAAACCCCCCAAAAUCCAAUCGAGCAGCGAAACAGUUCACCGACGGACGCAACCAAACCCGUAGGCACCCGAUGAGGGUGGAGAGGGCAGAGCUGGCGAAACUGAUUGGUUUUCGAUUUUAACGGAGAGCCGCCUUAUUUGACUCAGAACCGACUCAGGUUUUUCCCAGGAGAGAAAAGCAAGUUUGUGUGCGAGAACGCUGUCACCGGUGGUGGGGGGACUGACUGGGUGGACACUGGUGCACGGAGGGGGUGGUGUUUGUUUGGAAGGGGGGGUAACAAUCUGCGCGAACCUGGCCCUUUAAAUUACCUCCACAAUCACUGUAGACGAGACAAGCAAACUUACCUGCAAGUACCUGAGCCAGCUUUGGUCUACAGCCUCUCCAUCAUCCAGAAUUUUCUCAUUUUACUCGGCACGAUAACCGAUGGCAGAGAAUGUCGACGAGUAAUAACAUAGCCCAGGCCAGGAAGUUGGUGGAGCAGCUGAGGAUCGAGGCAGGCUUCGAACGUAUUAAGGUGUCUAAGGCUGCUGCAGACCUCAUGAGUUACUGUGAGCAACAUGCCCGCAGCGACCCUCUGCUGGUGGGGGUUCCCACCUCAGAGAAUCCUUUCAAAGACAAGAAGCCUUGCAUCAUUCUAUAGCUACUCUGUCUAGCCCAGCUAUCCCAGUCCCACUUUAACCGAUGCCCAUCCCCAGUCAAUGGGCAAUUCAGUCCAACACUUCUUUUUACCUGGUAUUCUCCAGAAAAUAAACGCCACACUCUCUCGGUAAAAACAAAAAGGGGCAAUAUCUGUAUUACCUAGCGUCAUGUAGCCCGGCGUUGAGUGAAUCUAGAUGAAUGAAUCUGCACAGUACGCCUGUUUACAUUCAUGCAUAUAGACGCACUUAACUGGAGGUGGCAGAUUUGGAAUUUCUAAACUGUUUUAAAAGAUUACUCAGAGACUGAGAGAAACUCCAGCAUGUUUUUCAGUGCAGCGGCUGACCUUGUUACCAUAGGUGAUGGAGGAGAGUAAAGGAAGACAGUCAUGGUUAUGCUGACUGACUAGCUGGCUAGCCCAGUCACACUGUGGUAAACGGUUGAUUCGUAUUAACCCUGCAUUGUUACGUCGAAUCUGCAAGCUAAAGGUUCAUUUUAGAUUUGUAUGGCCAAAAUUUAAUCCAGGUAUGCUUACCUUUAUCAAAAUAGCACAUUUCAUGUUUUACAAAGGGAUUCAAGACAUUAACCAGAGUUGCCAAUAUUUUUACUUUUUUUUUUCAGUC